CGGGGCCGGAAGUGACGCCCAGGGAGUGUUCCCGGGAUCGGUGAGUCUUGAGAGAUUUAAAUCACCGCGGACGAAGCUGCAGACUUCGUGGUCUGUGCAGGCUGCGGCUGUUUUGCGAGUGCUGCAGCAAAAGGAGGCCGAAGAGGCGAUAGAGGCGGAAAGCUGGCUUGCCUCCUGAGAGCCUAAGACUCUAGUGGGGCCGUGCCACCUGGGCUCUUCAUUAUCCUGGCAAAGGCCUGAAAGUAGAUACUCAGUUUUACCUGAUUUCUGUAUGUUGUCAUCUCACGUACGCCUGGUCCCCACAAGAGUCCGGCUUGUUCAUUCCCUGAUCCGCAAUCCUUCCUGUUACUUCAUGGAUUUGAAGGCUCUCCUUUCUUCCUUGAAUGACUUUGCAUCCCUCUCAUUUGCUGAGAGUUGGGACAAUGUUGGCUUACUGGUGGAACCAAGCCCACCACACACUGUAAACACACUUUUCCUGACCAAUGAUUUGACUGAAGAAGUGAUGGAGGAGGCACUGCAAAAGAAGGCUGAUUUCAUUCUCUCCUACCAUCCGCCUAUUUUCCGACCCAUGAAGCGCAUAACUUGGAAAACCUGGAAGGAGCGCCUGGUGAUCCGGGCUCUGGAGAACAGAAUUGCUAUAUACUCUCCUCACACAGCCUAUGAUGCUGCACCUCAGGGAGUCAACAACUGGUUGGCUAAAGGGCUUGGAGUUUGCACUUCCAGGCCCAUACAUCCUUCCAAAGCACCCAACUACCCAACAGAGGGAAUGCACAGAGUAGAAUUUAAUGUUAACCACACCCAAGACCUGGACAAAGUCAUUUCCACAGUGAAGGAAAUUUCAGAUGUUUCCGUCACUUCUUUUUCUGCUAGGACUGAUGAUGAAGAACAAACACGGAUCAGUCUGAAUUGUAGUCAGCAGGCUUUGAUGCAGGUGGUGGCUUUUCUUUCCCAGAACAGACAGCUUUAUCAGAAGACUGAAAUUCUGUCACUGGAGAAGCCUCUGCUUCUGCACACUGGAAUGGGACGGUUGUGCACCCUGGAUGACUCUGUCUCCUUGGCAACCAUGAUUGAGCGAAUCAAAAGGCACCUGAAGCUAUCUCAUGUUCGCCUUGCUCUUGGGGUAGGGAGGACCUUAGAGUCCCAAGUCAAAGUUGUGGCUCUGUGCGCGGGUUCUGGGAGCAGUGUUCUGCAGGGGGCAGAGGCCGACCUUUACCUCACAGGUGAGAUGUCCCAUCAUGAUAUUUUAGACGCUGCUUCCCAAGGAAUAAAUGUCAUCCUCUGUGAACAUAGCAACACUGAACGAGGCUUUCUUUCUGAUCUUCGAGAUAUGCUGAAUGCUCACUUGGAGAAUAAGAUUAAUAUUAUCCUGUCAGAAACAGACAGGGACCCUCUUCAGGUGGUAUAACGCACAUGGGAAUAGAAUGACAGUCUGCUUUGCAAGUCAUUUCGCUCCUAACUCAAAUGCACAUGAUAAGUGGAGUUUGUAUCCUUCAGGAAGAAUGUUUGGAAUGUACAUUGUCAUUUCUGGUUUGUUAAUCUGCUUUACCAAAUGUUCUGUAGUUUUUAGGGUAAAAAAUGUAACUAUUAUUAAAGACCAAAUAUUCAGCCCUGGCCAGGUA